UGUGUCGGUGGUUCAGUUCAGUUCAGUGCGUCGGGUUAGGGGCUGUCGACGGUCCCAGCGCGGCCCGGUUUGAAAACGGUUUUUCCUCCUUCGAGCACGACCACGGUGGCCAGUCGAAGCGUUGCGCUCAAGACGUACAGUACGCGCACCACACGGUACUACUUCUCUCGGUUCUUCUUGGCGCGUCCCGGACACUUUUAUGCUGGAUCGUUACAUUCUACGUGUGUGUGUGUGUGAGUGUGUGUUCUUAAGGAUCUGUUUAAACGGACGGCGGGGUGAUCUUUGAUUGUAACAGCGGCAAGUGCGUGUGAGGCUAAGUUUCGGUGCGCAAUUGCGCGAAGCCUUGUUUAGCGUGGAUUAUCGGAUGCAUUUCCCGUGUGUAUGUGUGUUUUUGUGUGAUUCGUUUGUGUGUGAAUAGUGGAUUUACAGUGAUCAGACAGUGCCAGUGACAGUGCACAGGCUCCUCUUAGUGCGUUGCCUGCGUGCAUAUUCCUCUGUGCGGGGUGUAGUGUCAGGCGAUCGUUUGCUACAAUCACGCCAAGUGCUAAGGCAGCAUCUCUUCUCAGGGAUCGUGCGAAGAAGCAUCCUGAGAAAAGCGUCAUAGCACGAGCAAAUACGCCUUCUCCCGGUAGAGCCCGGUUCCCCAUGCACUAGAACCGGGAAAGCAUCAGCGUAACAAUCCGUUUUAUGGAAUCGUUCAAUUCAACCGGAUAGACAGCUCAUAAUCAAGAUGAGAUAUACUAAAUUGUUAGUUUUACUAGUGACCUUACAGCUGAGCUUUACCGAAUCCAGACGGUUCGGCGCUCGGCAUAAACGGCAGCAUGGCAGCAAUCUGUACCAGCCGGAAAGUUUCAUCAUACCGGGCGGCGGCGAAGGACCACCGCACGAGCGGUGGAGCGCCUGGGGAGCACCGUCCGAGUGUUCGCGAACGUGCGGCGGCGGCGUUGCGUACCAGGAGCGCGAAUGUCUUGAUCUGGACCACACCGGAGCGCCCGUCUGUACCGGUGGAAAGAGGAAAUACUUCUCCUGCAACACACAGGACUGUCCCGAGCGCGAGCUGGACUUCCGCAAGCAGCAGUGUUCGGAGUUUAACGACGUCCCGUUCGAGGGACACCGGUACCAGUGGGUACCGUACACCCGGGCGCCGAACCCCUGCGAGCUGAACUGUAUGCCGGUGGGCGAGCGGUUCUACUACCGGCACCGGGCGAAGGUGGCGGACGGAACGCGCUGCAAUGAUGAAUCGUUCGACGUGUGCGUGGACGGCACCUGCCAGCCGGUCGGCUGCGACAUGAUGCUGGGCUCGCAGGCCAAGGAGGACAAGUGUCGCAUCUGUCGCGGCGACGGCAGCAGCUGCAAGACGGCGUCCGGGCUGCUCGAUGCCAGCAAUCUGCAGGUCGGGUACAACGAUCUGCUGCUCAUCCCGGCCGGUGCCACGAACGUGCUGAUCAGCGAGCGGGCCCCCUCGAACAACUAUCUGGCGAUUAGGAAUCUGACCGGCUUCUACCAUCUGAAUGGUAACUAUCGGAUCGACUUUCCGCGCACCAUCCACUUUGCCGGCAGCGAUUGGCACUACGAGCGGCGUCCGCAGGGCUUUGCCGCGCCGGACCGGCUGACGUGCCUCGGGCCGACGACGGAAUCGGUGUACCUGGUGCUGCUGUCGCAGGAUCGCAAUGUGGGCGUGAACUACGAGUACAGCGUGUCGUCGAAGUCGGCCCCGGUGGACGAACCGGACAGCUACUCGUGGAUGUACACCGCGUUCGAGCCGUGCACGGUGACGUGCGGCGGUGGGGUGCAGACGCGCAACGUGACGUGCAACAGCAAGAGCUCGCUGAAGGAGGUGGACGAAGGGCUGUGCAAUCUGGGCGAGAAGCCACCGACGACGCAAAAGUGUGGCCAGCAGUCCUGUCCGCCCCGCUGGUUCGAAGGGCCGUGGAGCAACUGCUCGAAACCGUGCGGCACCGAGGGCAAGCAGACGCGCGAAGUGUACUGCGAGCGUGUGUCGGCUGAUGGUGAAACGAAAAAGAUCGAAGAUGACGUUUGCCUCGAGCAGGUCGGCAAUAAGCCGGCGACGGAGCGGGAAUGCAAUCAGGGCAUUAUCUGUCCCGAGUGGUACGUCGGCCGCUGGUCGCCGUGCAACAAACUGUGCGGCGAGGGCGAGCGAACGCGCAAGGUCGUCUGCUAUCGGAAGGAAAAUGGACGCAUCACGGUGCUGGAGGACGAGGAGUGCAUCACGGAAAAGCCGGCCGUCAGCGAACAGUGCAUGCUGCGCCCGUGCGAGGGUGUCGAUUACGUAACGUCGUCCUGGAGUGGAUGCGACGAGUGUGGUGCAACGGUGGAAACGCGUACGGUGCACUGUGCGUCCAAGUCGGGCACCGUGUACGACUCAUCGUUCUGCGCCGAUCGGCAGCUGCCGGAGCUACGCCGGGAGUGCAAGCUGACGCCGUGCGAGUACCAGUGGUACACGUCCCAGUGGAGCAAGUGUUCGGCGGUGUGCGGCAAGGGCGUACAGACGCGCACGGUGGUGUGCGGUGUGUUCGACGGACAGUCGCUGAAGCGGGCGGACGAUGAUUACAAGUGCGACCCGGAGCAGAAGCCGGAGAAGGAGCAGGAGUGCGAAGGACCGCCCGAAUGUCCGGGCCAGUGGUUCGCCGGCCCGUGGACGGACUGUGACAAGGGCUGCGGUGGCGGUGUGAUGUCGCGCAAGGUGCUCUGCCUCGCCAACGGCACGGUCGUGCCGGAGACGAACUGUGACGUGGACAAGAUUCAGCUGGCCACGGAGAGCUGCAACAAGCACGACUGCACCGAGGACGAGGUGAUCCCGGUGGAGGUGGGCAGCAAGCAGCCGGAGGUGGAAGACGACUACGACGAGGACGAACUGUGCGAGGAGGAGGAUGAUGAGGAGGAUGCGAGUGGCGAUGCGAGUGGCGACGGUGAGGAGGAUGGAUCGGGUGCUGUGAGCACGGAGGGCCAGGACGGUGUUAUGAUGGUGACGGAGGAUACGUCGCUGGCCGAGGGCAUCGAGCUGGACAGCACCGUUAGUGGCACGACCGAAUCAUCGCUCGAAACGGACGAAAUGAUGAUGAGCGAUGCGACGGGCUUCGACACUGGGGCUACCGAUCCGGACGAGGGCUCCACGACGGAGGCGACGGUGGAAGGUUCUGGCGAUGGAAGCAGCCCAAUGUCCGAGGUGUCGGAAGGUUCGGGUGACGAGGGUGAGGCAACGACGGUAGUGGCCGCGUCCCGUGCGUCGGAUGAUGCAUCGUCUGAGGCGGCCGGUAGCACGACGGAAGCGUCCGCCUCAUCCGGCAGCUCGAUGGCAUCGGAAUCGAGCGGAUCGACGGAGGCAAGCGCAGAAAGCUCGACCGAAUCCUCGGAUAUGGCGUCGACCAGUCAGGCUUCCUCUGUGGAGGACUCGAUGCCAACCACCACGGACAGUGGCGUGUCGACUACGGAUGCUUCGGAAUCGACCACCGAUGUGACAGAAACGUCCACCAGCUCGACUGAUGAGGAAAGCACCACCGAUCUUGGUAGCACCACGACGAUGACGGACCUGACCAGUACGAUGGACGAUGCGUCCACCACGGAUGUGCCUUCGACGACGGAUAGUAGUGAGGCAGCGAGCAGUACGGUCGCUUCGGAUACGGCAACGAGCAGCAGUGACGUAAGCACCACCGAAGUGUCGUCCGACGAAAGUUCGACUGAUUCCAGCACGAAGAUGGUGGAAGGAUCCGAGUCUACGGAAACAUCCAUGAUGUCGUCUUCCAGUGAACCCUCAGUGACGGGCACUUCUGUGGACAGUUCGAGUGAAUCGGGAGCGACGGAAGAAUCAGCAACGGGCGCAUCGACCGACGACAGCUCCACGACGACGGUGGACUCGACUGAGCCGACCGUAACCGGCGCCUCGACGGAGGACUUCACCGGCUCAACCGUAACGGAGGAAACGGUGGACGAGACCACGUUCGAAAUCUGGGACUCCUCGACCGACGCCUCCACGACCGACGACGAAGCGGACGACCGCGAGAGCAGCACGCCGUACACGCUCACCUCGAUCAUUGCGAAGGAGCAGAAGCCGCGCAAAUGCAAACCCCGGCCGAAGGUGCCCCAGUGCGCCAAGUCCACGCAUGGAUGCUGCCCUGACGGCAAGACGAAAGCGUCCGGACCGUUCCUGGAGGGCUGCACGCUGGCGGAAACGUGCAAGGAGACGAAGCACGGCUGCUGCCCGGACGGUGUGUCGCCGGCCAAGGGACCGAACGGCAAGGGCUGCCCGAAGGCGGAGUGUGCCGACACGCUGUUCGGCUGCUGCCCGGAUAAGGUUACGCCGGCGGAGGGCAACGAUGCGGAGGGCUGCCCGGUUGAGACGACGACCAUGCCGCCCGGCUGUACCGCGGCCAAGCACGGCUGCUGUCCGGACGGAACCACCGAAGCAAAGGGCCCGAACGCGAAGGGCUGCCCCGGGGUGGAGAAGGAAGAGGAAGAAGCACCGGCCGGCACCGAGCAACCGACGCCGGAAGAACCACCGGCAGCGGUGGAGGGCUGUGCCACCACGCCGCACGGAUGCUGCCCGGACAAUGCGACGGCUGCCAGUGGGCCCGACGGGCAGGGCUGCGAACCCUGCAGCCGGGAACCGUUCGGUUGCUGUCCGGAUGGAAAAACGCCGGCGCACGGUCACAGCGGGGAAGGCUGCUGCCUGCAGACGCCGUACGGCUGCUGCCCGGACAAUGUGGUGGCGGCGCGUGGCCCCAACCUGGAGGGAUGCGACUGCCAGUACGCACCGUACGGCUGCUGCCCGGACAACAGGACGUCGGCGCGCGGUCACGACAACGAGGGCUGCGGGUGUCAGUACGCGCGGCACGGCUGCUGCCCGGACAAGGAGACGGAAGCGAUGGGCCCGUCGUUCGAGGGAUGCCCGUGCCAUGCGCACCAGUUCGGUUGCUGUCCGGACGGCGUUACGCCGGCGAAGGGUCCGCACAACCAGGGCUGCCACUGUACGCACAGCGAGUUCAAGUGCUGCGGGGACGGCAAAACGCCCGCCAAGGGUCCGGACGGGGAGGGCUGCACCUGUGCCGACAGCAAGUACGGCUGCUGCCCGGAUGGGGUCAGCGAGGCGCAGGGCAGCAAGUUCGAGGGCUGCACCGCCGUGCCGGAGUCGCCGCAGAAGGCGUGCGCGCUGCCGAAGGACAAGGGUCCGUGCCACAACUACACCGUUAAGCACUUCUUCGACGUGGAGUACGGCGGCUGCGGACGGUUCUGGUACGGUGGCUGCGAGGGCAACAACAAUCGGUUCGACUCGGCCGAGGAGUGCAAGAACAUCUGCGAGACGCCGACCGGCAAGGAUGUGUGCCAUCUGCCCAAGAUUAGCGGCCCGUGCACCGGCCACUACAACAUGUGGUACUAUGACGCGGAGCGCAACAUGUGCGCACAGUUCACGUACGGCGGCUGUCUCGGCAAUGCCAACCGGUUCGAGAGCCAGGAAGAGUGCAAGGCGCUGUGCAGUGUGGACGACUCGAAGCCACCGUGCGAACAACCGAUGGAAGCGGGUCCGUGCAAUGGAACGUUCGAGCGCUGGUACUACGACCAGGAGACGGACGCGUGCCAUCCCUUCUACUUCGGCGGGUGCAAGGGCAACAAGAACAACUACCCGACGGAAGCGUCCUGCGGCUACCACUGCAAGAAACCGGGCGUACACAAGCCAAGCUGUAGCGAACCGCUGGACACGGGCAGCUGCGAAGCGCAGCAGCAGCAGCAACAGCAGCAGCAGGCCCGCUGGUACUUUGCCAGCGACAGUCAGAAAUGCAUGCCCUUCUACUUUACCGGUUGCGGUGGCAACGACAACCAGUUCGUUUCGCGCGAUCAUUGCGAAGAGCAGUGCCCACCGAAGGUUGAGAAAGACAUCUGCUUCCUGCCGGCGGAGAUUGGCGAGUGCCAGAACUACACCGCCCACUGGUACUUCGACACGAAGGACGAACGGUGCCGCCAGUUCUACUACGGCGGGUGCGGCGGCAACGGGAACAACUUUGCCGACGAGCAGUCCUGCAUCAACCGGUGCAUCGAGGAGGGUCCGAAACCGGCACCGGCACCACCGGGGGCAGCCCCCGUGGCACCGGUGCAACCCGCAGCGCCAGGCGAACCGUUCGAUCGUAGCCAGUGCCAGCUGCCGAUGGACAAUGGGGAUCGCGAGUGUAGCCCGUACGAGGCGCGCUACUACUUCAGCACCCAGACUGGCGCGUGUGAGCUGUUCACGUACACGGGCUGCGGCGGCAACGGGAACAACUUCCAGCGCAAGGAAGAGUGCGAACGAUCGUGCGGCAGCGAAGGGGAGCAGGACGUGUGUCAAUUGCCGCACGCGUACGGCGAGUGCAGCGGGAACGAGGAGCGCUGGUUCUACGAACCGCACGAGCAGCGGUGCGUCCGCUUCGCUUACAGUGGUUGCGGCGGCAAUCGGAACAACUUCGCGAGUGAGGCGGAAUGUGAGCGCAGCUGCCCGGGUGGAGAACGCGCACCGGUCGAUGUCGAUGUGCGGGGACCGCAUGAGCAGCAGCCGGCGGCCGGUAAUCGCAGCCGGUGCGAGGAGGUGCCCGACUAUGGCGAUGGCGAUGGGGACGAGAUCCUGUUUUACUACAACGCGGAGCGGCAGUCGUGCGAGCGGUUCCGGUACAGUGGCGCCGGAGGCAACGCGAACCGCUACCGGUCGGAGGAGGAGUGUGAACGGGUGUGUGGCAUGUACCGCGGUGUAGACGUUUGCCAGGAUGCGGUCCAAGCAGGCCAAUGCACGGAAAGCAUUCCAAUGUACUACUACGACUCGAGGACGCACGCCUGCUACGCCUUCAACUACAGUGGUUGCGAGGGCAACGGGAAUCGUUUCGCGAGCGCCGAAGAAUGCGAAGGAACGUGCGUGCAUCAGCGGCCCGGCUUCGACGAUGCUGCCAAUGCGGUGAAUCCGUGCGAACAGUACGACCACGAGUGCAGCCAGCUGCACUGCCCGUACGGCAUUGCCAAGUCGUACGAUCCUGCCAACGGGUGCGAACGCUGCCAGUGUAACGAUCCGUGCGCCGGCUACUUCUGCCCGGCGGGCAGCGAGUGCGUGGUGGACGUGCAGAGUGGCGGAGCGUUCGUGGGCUCCGGGUCCGAGUUUGUCGGCGUGUGCCGCGAGUCCCAGAAGCCGGGCGACUGUCCGGUGCUGGCGAACGCUACCCACUGCAGCCGCGACUGCAACACGGACGCUGACUGUCGCGGCAACAACAAGUGCUGCCAGGCGGGCUGUGCGCUGAUCUGCAUCAGCCCCGUCGAUCGCGCGUCAGUAGACCGUCCGACGGGCGGGCAGCCGGGCAUCCCCGGACCGACCGUGCUGGAGGAGGUGCCGCAGGAGGAGCUGGACAUCAAGUCGGAGGAGGGUGGCAUUGCACUGCUGCGCUGCUUCGCGACCGGAUUCCCGCCGCCUUCGAUCCGCUGGCGCAAGGGCGAGAUAAUGCUCAACACCAACCAGGGCCGGUACGUGAUAACGUCGAACGGGGACCUGCAGAUCGUGCAGCUGCAUCGCACCGACUCCGGCACGUACGUUUGCAUCGCGGACAAUGGCAUCGGUGAGCCGGCGCUUCGGGAAGUUCAACUGACGGUGAACGACCCGGUGCCGCGGGACGCUUACAUCGCCGGCAACCUGAACGAUUCGCUGGUGGUGGAGCUGGAGAGCCCGGCCACGUUGCGCUGCCCGGCCGGUGGCUACCCGAAACCGAUCGUCACCUGGUGGCGCGACACGUACAUGAUGCCGCUGAAGAUGGUGAAUCGCGACUAUUCGCUGUCGCUGCCGCGCGUCCGCCUGGAGGAUCUCGGGCCGUACGUCUGCCAGGCGUACUCCGGUGCCGGCAAGGGCAUCUCGCGCACGGUCACCCUGUACGGCUACAACCUGCCGGCUCAGAUUAACCCGCAGGACGAGCGGUACAUGAAGUACGUGGUGGCGGCACCGGCACCAGCGCGUCCUGCCCCACCGGUCGAUCGCUACCCGUCGCGGCCCCGGCCACCAGUCGCUCAGCCACCGCCAGUGGUCGUUCGUCCGCCAGCACCGGUGAGCGUGCAAAUGCACUUCCCGCAGGGACGGGACCUGCGACCGAACAGCAACUUCACGAUCAACUGCACCGUGGACGGAUACCCGCGACCGACGGUGAACUGGUUCAAGGAUGGCCAGAUGUUGGUGCCGACCGAUCGCAUACACAUCACCGACGCGCACCAGCUGAUGGUGUUCGGUGCGAUACCGUCCGACACUGGGCGGUACAAGUGUCUGGCGCGAAACGAAAUGUCGGAAGCAUUCCAGGAGAACAGCAUACACGUUGAAGGUGUAUACGUGCCGCCGGGAUGUACCGACAAUCAGCUCCUUGCCAAGUGUGACCUGAUCGUGGCGGGACACUACUGCAACCACAAGUACUACGCGCGGUUCUGCUGCCGAUCGUGCACGCUGGCGGGACAGAUCAAUGUAAACAACCGUUACCGUUGAACAAACUACAACACACACUCGUGCCAUAGCAAAAGAAGGGGAAGAAUAGAGUGAGAGAGAGAGAGAGAGAGCGUGGAAAUAGCUUUUACCAUCAAUUGCAAAUUAGAAUCUCGCCCGAAAGACCAGCACCAAACUUCACACUAGCCACCAACACCAGCCAGCCAUCCGUUCCGUUAAAAAACGGUCAAGAAAACGGACCGUAAUCCAAUUUUGCAAGACACGAUAAAGAAGAAAAUUGCCUUAUGCAACUAUUUAUUUCCGCUCUAGCAACAAUGUCAGCCAUUCGAGAGUGUGAUAGAGAUAGAAAGAGAGAGAGAGAGAGAGUGAGAGUCAGCAUACACCUCCAUCCGUAACGGUGCGCCAGUGGUGGUGAAGUGGUGAAUUUGAGGUAUCAAAAAUCCCCCAAAAUCUGGCGCGAACACAACCUUCGCGCCAUAAUACAAUCAAUUUUAGUGACAAUGUUUACGCGUAGUGCUUUUCUUUUAUACAUAUAGCUUAGAGGAGGGGAGGCGUAUACCAUCAUCGGGCAGGGAGAGAACAGUGUGUAGCUUUAUGCGUCUGACAAAAAGGGGUAGGAUCAGUGCGUUUAAGCCUGGAUGCAGGAUUUGCCAGGAGUUCUCAUAGCUGUGGGACGCUUUAUUAACUCUUUCUUUCGUGAAAUGAACUUAAUGUAAUGGGAAUUGGGCUUUAAAGCACCCUUAUUGGUCAAAUCCAAUAGGAAUUUUCUAGGAACUUGUCCAACAAGGGUGCUAUAGAGUCCAAUUUCCAUCACAUAAAGUUCAAUUCCCAUUAGAAAGAGUCAAGGCAGUGUUCCACAACUAUGAGAACCCCUGGAAAUCCAGUAAAUGGAUGCAUAAAAAAAGAGUUUAAAUAAGCAGCAAAUCUGGGAAGGCUCUAGUUGUGCCACAAUUUGCUAACAUCAACGCUUACCAAUGUAACAAUAGUAACUAUGCAUUUAAAGUAGGGACAGGAUAACAAACAAACAUCGAAAGCAGGAAGAAAACAACGCAUACAACUGCAUUUUCCGAAUCGUUUUCCAUUUGCCUCUUCUCUCCGUCGCUUACUACUGUAAAUAAUUUAUUGUCAACAAUCAACGCCUCUCUUCUUUAAUUGGCUCGCUCUCCCUCUCGCUCCCUUCGUCUAUCGCUCCAUACGAGGCUCUCGCUCUCUCUCUCUCUAGUGAGCAUCGUGGACAGCCGAGGCAGGGAGGGAUGCAGUGCAGUAGAGCAGAGGAAAUAAAAAAAAAAAAUAGAAUCUAGCAUUAACUCUGAUCGAUAGGAAAUAA